AUGAGAUUUGUUGUUGGCUCUCAUGGCUACCUCCUAACAUCUUUUGACCAAGAGUGGCUGCAAGCAAACAAAUUGCAAGAAUAUGCCAGUGCUGUUUAUGAGAAAAGCCAUGCAUUGGGAAAUUGUUGGGGCUUUGUUGACGGUACAGUAAGGGCUAUCUGCAGACCAGAGAAAAAUCAGAAGACAGUCUACAAUGGACAUAAGAGGGUCCAUGCUUUGAAAUACCAAUCUGUUAUAGCAGCAAAUGGCCUCAUAGCCAACCUCUUUGGGCCAAUAGGUAAGUAAUUUGUUAGAAUUUGUAUUUAUAUGAAUGAAAAUUUAUUGGAAAUCUCAUAUUCAUUAAUUAUUGAUUUUUAUUUUUAUUUUUUUUAUUGUUUUUGAUGUUACUCUGAGUGUAUAUCCACACUGGGCAGGUAGGCCGUCACAUAAGGCUAAAAAUAUGCCUAGAAAGUGACUUUCGUUGCACACAUCAGGAGGCUAAUGAUUUCUUUCAUAAAGUAGUAGAGGAGCAUGCCAAAUCAAAUAAUAAAAAAAGCCCCCGGUCAUAAGUGUGCACCAAGAAAUCGACUAUAUUCUGGUGAUGACGUCAUCUAUAGUUCCGAAAGGUAAAAAUGUUCGAAUUUCAAAAAAUGUUUAAUGCCAUCAGAUUGAGGUGCAUAAUUGGACAAAAAAACUAUAUUACACGUUCAUACCGAGAUAUCACGUUCCAAAGUUUUUAAAAAUGCUGAGUCAGCAUUUUUGUUUCUCCAGUAAAACUUAUAUUGACAGACUGUAUGCAGGGAAAGGGCUUAUUUUGCACUAGUACCUUAAAUUGCGCACCACAGUAUGUGAAUUAAAGUGGUUAUGCAAGUCAGAAAACUAAAAUGCGAAUAAAAAAUUCAAAUUGUUUACCCGUCAUCUAAAGCCUUUGAAAGAAACCUAGAAGAUGAAAUCUGUUGCACAUGUUGCCAGACUAACUAAUUUCACCAUGAUCAGACAGUUCUUUUGGAGUAGUUCUGAUAUUACAUGGCCAAAUUUUACCAAUGCACGCUGUACACAAGCAAGCCAUGACUUAUUAUUACUCAACAGGCACAUAUUACUCAACAGGCAAUAUCACUGACUGCUAUUAAUUCCACUCUGUAGAAUAAUUUUUUUAAAGAAAUUCAUUUAGUAAAGUUAUUCAUUCAGCUACAGGCAGCCUAGGGUCCAUAAGCCACUUCACAGUGGCUAGCUUUUUCUUAAGCAAUAUAGAAGCAUGAUACAGAAUUUGUAGCUCAUUCAAUAUGGACUGUGUAGGGCUGUGGUUAUCAUCAUAUCCCAUGUUGUACAAAACCAUUGAAGUUGUUUCACAUAGGCUGGGGCGGUUUUUCGGUAAACCGAAAAAGUUCUGUCUUUUUUUGAAACCGGUUUUUCGGUUUUGCCAAAAUCAAAAAAAAACGAAAAAAGCGGACAAAGCACAACGAAAAAACCGGAAAAAUUACUCACAAGAUGUCUUAUCCUGUCCAUACAAAUAGUAUAAUUCUUGUAUCACUUAUUAUGGUACUUAACCUCAAUGGCAACACAAUAUUCUCUACAAUUUUUAAUAAGAUCCUGUAGUUGUCCUUUUUCUUUGUGCCAGCUUCGCGCAAUAGACCUGCAUCUGAAGUCUCACACGCAACAAGGGUUAUUCUUCACGGAAAAUAAUUUUGGAAUAAAUAUUAUUCAGGUGAUUAUUUUGCUAUGUGAUCACUGCACCAUUUACUAGCAACUGUAUAAUGAUUUCAUUUAAUUAUAAAUAUACCAUAUAAUUACAAUGUAAGACAUAUCAUGACAAACAAAUCGGAUUGUUUCUUGCAUAUUAUGCAUACUGAGGGCAAAACAUUUGGUGAUCAUGAUCUAGCAUUUAUGUCACUAUUUUGGGGACCAUCAUUGUUAAGCUUAUUUGGUGGAACAGUCUGCAACUUCACAGCCAAUUAAGAUUUCACUACCUCGUGCUCUCUUUUCCUCCACUUUUUGCAACUUGUUUUAAUCACAAAGUCUUUUACAGCAGUUCUCACGGCAAUGCCAGUCGAGUUCCCAGUGCCUCCUGAGGCCCCCAUUUAAUGGCCCCCAUUUAAUUUUUUAAGUGGGGCUUUAUUUUUUCAAAAUUAAGUUGAGGGUGGGAAAGAAAAAUUUUUUCAAACCAUAUUCCUUAAAAAUAGCAAAUUUUUCCCUGUCUAUGUCUACUAUAAAGGGGGUCCGAAUUUCACAAUUUCACCAAUUCCUGCUUUUGGGGGCCACCUGUUGUAAAUUUUCUGACCCUAUACAACUGAGGCUCAGGCCAAUGUUUAUGGUCAUUUUUUGUCGGGAGGGGGGGAGUCAUGGUAGCUGCCGCUUCUGGGCACCCAAACACCCUUCAAGUUCCCCACAGCAGUUUGAGCGUGAAAAAUGCCUUUCUACAUUGGGCUAUCUAUUUAAUAUCCACAUCCCCCUCCUAUCGAUAAGGUCAGUAAAAUUUUAACUCCCAAGAAAAAAAGAUCAAAGUGCUGACAGCCUGACACAAAACCCCUCUGACAUUUGUAAAUUUUCCCUUACCCCUCAGAACAAUAAAAAACAUCAAAGUAUGCCGACAGGCUUAACCCCACAGAAAUGACUUUGGGGUCACCCUUCAGAGAAAUUCAUGCAAAGAGGACGGGGGGGGGUCUGGACAUUAAAGAUGCGGUACAGUCCGAUCUGUGCAUGUGCACAAAGGAGCCCUCUUUUUAUUAUACAAACAGUAAAAGCAUAAUUGUUGUGUCUUGAUAAUUUAUUAUACUCUAGAAUCAUGAAAAUAUAAAUAGUUGUCGAAUGAAAUUCAAUGUUUUGGAUACCAACAUGUAAACAAAGCCUUUGUUUACAUACAGACUGUACCGCACUUUAAACUUAAUGUACACCCGGCCCCUAUGGACGAGUUCGAUAAAAUUUGAACCCAUAUAAGGCCCUAUAAAGAAGAAAAGAUCAAAGUGCCGACACAAACACCCCCCAGAAAUUAAGAAAUUUUUGCCUUACCCCUCAGGAAAAACGCAAAGAUCAAAGUAUGCCGAUGCACACAACCCCUCAGCAACAGCUUUUUCAACCCCCCUCAGAAACUCUCGUCUAUAGGGGGGGGGGGGGUUAUAAUUAAGUGGUGGCCCCAUCUUCGCUAGUAAACAAGUCCGAAUUGUGACAGAUUUCUGGUCUUUGAGCUUCGCCAAUUUCUCACGACAAGAAAAUCUCUUCAGACGCUUGUUUGUGACCUUUAGAAGUGAUUGUGAAACAUCCUCAAAAUGAAUACAACAUUUAUUCAAUUUUAAAUGUUUGAGUGACCAACUUGUUUUAGCCGCCAUAUUGCUUUUAUCCGCGCGUGGCAGCUAUGUUGCCAUGGAAACACGCGCGAUUUCAAGAUGGCGUAAACGAAACAUUGAUCGAAUAUUAUCAAAGUUUCAAGUCUAUUUUCUACCUAUUGUGCACACUAGUGAACGGGGGCUUUGUAUUUCAUGAAUAAGGAGACUCAUAUGCAUUGUGUUAUGGCGGAAUUUUUUAGCCUCGCGACAUGUGCAACGAACUUGAAAGAUAUAGCAGAUAUGUGACGGCCUAAUUCCAUGAUUUCCAUCCACUUGUCAUUAUCCUGAAGAACUUCAAGGCUAAAUUUUUGACAAUUUGAACACGGUAGAAGCUCGAAUAUGUCUUUUAAAAUUUCCAUAUUGACUAAACGAAAGCCAGACACUGUCCUUUAUGGAUUCGGUCGAAAUACUAGCAGAAAUCUUUCGAGCGGCCGAAGCAGAAGUAUUUGCUUCGCUCGUCUCACCUUGAUCAGAAAUUCUAAGCUUCUUAGCCAUAUUUUGAAACUGAUUGCCAGAUAAUUUACGCUUUUUCGCAUACCCAGAUGAUUUCUUAUUCCCCAUCGUUACAUAAUGAGAAUAACUUCGAUAAAAGAACAACUUUGUCUUUAGUUGCUUUGUAGACCAUGUAGUUGUGAAUUUCAAAUGUGUUGAUCACUCAAAACUUUGAGUCAAAAGCACUGAUAGUCUGAUAGCAGUUUGCUCGCAAAUAACUUGUGGUUUACAUGGCCUAUACUUCAUGUACGCAAGCCAAUGCGAUGCAAAUAUAACACUAUGGUAAUGUCUAAAAGGGAUGGACGAGAGGUAGUUUACGAGGUGGUUCCAAAAUUGAAAUAAGAGUUUGCGUUAGUAUUAGGGUUAGUGUGGGGGUUAGGAUUAGGUGUGGUGUGAGGGUAAGGUUUAGUAUUGUUGCAAGUGGCUGGUUGUUGAUUCUUUUACGUUUUAAUGAUCUUGAAAACUGGCGGCCAUCUUGAAAACCUGCCUCUAGUCCAUCCACUUUAGCCACGACCAUAACGGUAUAUUAGCAAUACAAUCAGAUUUCAUUCAGGACAACGACGCGUUGCUAAGGCGUUGCCAAGGAGAAAAAUCUUACAUAUCCUCACGAAAUCGCUAAAAUGUUGUACUUCUACUUAAAGUUAGGGGGUGAACAAUACAUCAAACGAAAGCUCAUGAAUUGGGGAAUGCAAUAUUUCUUUAUUCCUAAAAAUCAGCAAAAACUAUACGAACCUCUUCAAACAUGCCAAUAUCACUGUAAAUUUGCGGUAGGUAUAACAAUAUGGCCACCAGUUACUUCAUUUAUGCAUACCAGAUGCUCUAUCCAGUCGUAAUUUUGAGCUCAGUGGCAUGUAUAUGUGCUACGGAAAUUUGAAGCCGAACUUGAAGGCCAGUUCCAAUCUUUUCACACAUGCGAAGAGCGCGGUCAGUCAACACAAGUACAACUGAUGUAUUCUUGAAAACCGGCUUAAAAUUUGCGCAAAAAAGCUUUGAACAGCGCUCAAAGAGUUCAGGUAAAAUUUCCUAGUAGGGCCACAUAAAAAUAUAAUUUAUAUAUCAAUAAAUAAAAGUGUCACAAACUGAAAUAAACAUAUUUCUCCACGAACAAUGAUUGGACCCUUGAACUGAAUGCGAAGUUCCGUUAAAAUGCAAUGAAAUUUCUUUCAAGGUUCUAUUUGUUUGAAAUUGGCAGUUUAAAAUGGCACUAAAAACCCAAUAUAAAAUAUAAAAAACUUAACUUUCUUGAAAUAUUUUGUCGGGCGGUACAUUUAUAUUGUAUAACAAAAUAUUAAAAAAUUUCACGCGGCUCUUAAAAUACUGUUGGGCGGUAAUGAGAAUCAAGGAAUUUAUUUUAUGUGGCCUAGACUUCACAGUUAAAUAUUUUCCUUAUUUUUUCCCAAUAAUAAGAGCACACUAGCUCCCUAAACUGGUCUCGUGAGAAAACCGCCAGGCAUAAUCACGCGGGUCUUGACCCCCUUCAAGAAAAAGAUAGGCGGUUUAUCUGAAGGUAGCGUUCCAGUUGUAUUCAUUUCACUGGCCCAUAGUCAUUCUAAUGACUUUGUUAGACAAGCCGGCGAACUUCAAAUAUGUUAUUGAAGAAACAAACGUGGAAGUUGAAAGGGAUUUGAACCUGCACAAACUUCUUUUUAAAACUAGUUGGAAAUGGCUGAACGAUCGAACAUCCUUUCUUUAUUGCACUAUGGUUAUAAAAUGUCACAAUUCUGCACCAGCAGUCAAAACAAACACUUCAUGCCAGUGUACGUGUUAACCACUUUAGUAGAUGCAUGUAAAAUAAUAUCAAGUUGCUAUUAACAGCACAAAAUAAUCCUCAACCAAAUUCUCAACACGAAGUUUCCUAACUACGUACGUAGUGCCUCGUAUGAUGUGCCUCGUUUUACUGACAAACGUAAAAUCUCUGCGCUUGUCAACAAGAUGUGUUCGCACAGCUUGUUUCCAGUUGUUGGCAUGUAUGGAACAAGUUGUUAUCAUCUUGUGACAAGAUGAUGAGGCCAACAGACUCGCAACAAGUUGUUCCAACAAGUCUGAUGUUGGGUGCACGUAUCAAGUUGUUAACAAGUUGAUGACAAUAAGCUUGUAGCAACGUGGUACGAAGGCUGUAUUAGUAGUAUUGGAACAACUUGUAGAACGUCUGUUUCCGUGAUCAACCUUGUAACUUGUUCCAGACUUGUCACAACAAUUGGGAACAAGGAGUGUGAACACAUCCUGAUAUCGGCCUGACAACAACCUUGCUAUAACUUUGCAGAUUGUAAUUACUUGCGCGUUUUAAAAAUGGGUAUAAAUCUUUUCAUUUCACUUCAGGCAAACCGUACGGCUUAUAUGAAAUAUAUUUGGGUGAACAUGUCAGUGUUUUACAAGGUUGCGGGCUCGGAGGCGGAUCUCUUAUCAAUGCUAAUGUUGGUCUCGACGCUGAGCCUGCGGUGUACCACAAACCAGAUUGGCCAGAGGCUUUCAUGAGUGACGUGGAAAACAUGUUGAAAACGGACCGGAAACACGUGACUGACAUGCUCAAACCUACGCCAUACCCAGACUCUUAUCCCGCAUUGGAUAAAAUUGAACGAAUGCAAGAGGGGUUUGCUGCCUUUGAUAUAGAGGACUUGGAUAAGCAUUUUUAUAAGACUCCAAUUUAUGUGACCUUUGAGGAUAAGGAAAGAAAUCAUGUUGGCGUGCCACAGCCGAAGUGUACAGCGUGUGGAAAUUGCUGUGGUGGUUGUAAUGUCGGAGCGAAGAAUACGUUGAAUAUGAAUUAUAUUGCUGAAGCCAAGGUGUACGGGGCAGAGAUUUAUACCAAGGUACAGUACACUGUGCUUAUAAUAUAUAAUAUGCAUGGAAAAAUUACUCAAAUCUGAUAUUGGCUAAGAGCAGUGCAAUAUUUUAUUGUAAUACGAUGCCAAACAAUUAAAAUAACCUUCCGGAAAGCAUGUGACUUUGGCUAUCAUAGAGCCUCGGUAUCGUGUAUGUGACACAAGGUAAAUUCCAACAUCUCAAUCACGAGAACGAUGCCCCAUAGCCCAGGUGACGUACUUUUCUGAAAGUGUGUAGUAUAUAAAUAUAAUAAUAAUAAAUACAUUAUUAAGAAUAUCAUUCAAAUUAAAUGAGUGAGUGCAGAAUUGUGUGUAAGUGACUAUCAAUCUGCUUCUGCAUAAGAUUUUUCAUGUAUAAUAUUAUUAAUAAGUAAUAUUACUUUUUCGUGCAAAUUGGAAAAUAUUAACUCGAGAAAUAAUGAAACUAUUUUCAUAUUUUUACUGCUAAAAAUGGCAAGAAAGUAUUGUUUGAUAAAUUUUAAAGGGCAUGAUCAACCACAAUGCAAUACGCGCUUUUGUUUACGUUUUUCAGUUACUUUCCUCAACCCUUUCUCUGGCCCACAACGUAACAGAAAAGUAAACAAACGUACGCAUUGCAUUGUGGUUGAUCAUGUCUCUUUAAAUGGGAUUUAACUCGUAUUUUGCUAUUUAUAGACCACAAUCGAAGAUACGAGUUCAAAUCCAGCUCGAUAUAAUUUAUGUUUUAACCCAGGAAUUUUCAAAAAAAUUUCAUUUUCUUGCCAACCCCGGAAUUUUCAAAAAAAUUUUUAAGGGACAACAUGUCCCUUACAGUAUCCAAAUUUUAAAAAGACCCUGAGGAUAUUAUAUUGUAAUACAAUGAUUUUUGUUGAUAUCAAUUUAUUUUCAAUAGAUUGAAGUGAUGUCGAUUGCGCGAGAAUCCAAUUCAAACGAGUGGCUAGUUCAUUACAAACAUCUUGUGAAAGGCUGGUUCGAAGUUGCAGAACAAACAAUUCGCGCAGGUCAUGUUAUCUUGGGAGCAGGGGCCUUAGGAUCCACCAAAAUCCUCCUUCGCUCAAAAGAACGUGGCUUGAAUAUUUCCCGUACGAUUGGGACAAGAUUCUCAACGAACGGAGACAUGCCCGCAUUCAGCUACGAUGGGACGAGGGAGACGAAUUCUAUUGGUGUUAAAACGAAGGAUUUGAUCGGUCCUGAUAAGAAGGUCGCUCCAGGCCCCUGUAUCACGACCGUGAUGGAUUUGAGAAGGCAAGGUGGGAAACUGGUGGACAAUUUUGUUAUUGAAGAUGGAACUCCGCCUUCUUCCGUAGGGCUAGUAUAUAGCAUUGGGCUUACUGUUGCUGCUAAGGUGAUUAUUUUAAUGUAACCAGCUGCUGUUUUCUUCCUUUUUUAACCAACAGGGUUUUGUUAGAUAUUGACCUACCCAAUGGGCCCGAAUACAGACAACCCCGUUAAUACAGACAACCCCGUUAAUACACACAACCCCACAAAACGCUAUACUACUCUAAAUUGCAGAUAGCGAGAGUGCUGCCACCGGUGCGUAUAAGUACGCGAAUUAUCAGACGUCGACUAACGGCAAACGUUGUCGCUCAUUAUUGUUGAGGAACAUUUAAUCUCAUCAAUAUCCAAGAGUUUCAUAGCCUCCUCCGCUCCCUCGGGUGGAAUGCCUGCGGAGGAGGCAAAGAGUUUCAAACGUUCCCUGGCUAAAAAUCUUUACUUGGACGAGAUUUCGACUGCCAGCCUGCAGUCGUCGACGCAAAUUUUUUUUCCGUAGACAGUCGGACUCUUCAUUGAUAGUCGGACGCAUCAUUGAUCCGCGUCCAGGCCUCCGCGCGUUAUCAAUGGAUCCCUUCGUAACCCACUGGUGCACCAUAUAUCCAUCACUCCACGUUGUUCUUUUUCGACCACGUGUCAGAUGAACGAUUUACUUCGCGAUGCCAUAAUAAAUCUACAAACUUGUUUUUCUGGUUCCGAAAAUACUCAAGAACGGUUAUUGCGAGUUAAAACUAUAUAUCAUCCCUAUUGAAGAGAAUCAGGAUAAGAUAACUAGCGUGCAAUUAAAGGAAAUAGUGGAAGAAUCAAAGCGACAAUCAAUACCACUUUCCACAAAUAGUGAAAUAGACGUAUUGCAGAAUAUCCUGUGCACGGAAUACAUAUCAUGUAGCCCGCCCACUAUUUCACUGGAAGCGUAUAUACCAUGAUCUUAUUGCCUCGUUCUAAUAUACAAGUUGAAACUAUUAAUUACCAAGACAAUAUUACGAAUUGAUACUAUAAGGGAAAUAUCAUGGAAAACUUUUAAUGUUUAAUAUUAUGCUUAGUAUGUUUUAUAAUAUAAAAUAUUUUCUCCCAGCCACGCUAAUUAAUCAUAAUCUGUCAAACACCAAUGUCCGGUUGUGAGGAACAUAUUUGCAUAUUACACCACAUUUUAAGCUCUCUAUAGCAUGAGAAUUUAAUAUAUUAAUGCCAACUAACUGUCGCCUUAAUCUCAAAAUAACUACUUGACUGUGUAUCCACGCAUUGGCGUAUCCACUAAAAUAUAGAGCUAUCUAUAGCAUGAGAAUUUGCUCGUUCUCAAAAUAACUACUUGACUGCGUAUCCGCGUAUCCACUAGAAUAGAGAGCUACAUUUAACACGGACAAUUUAAUUUAUUAAUGCUAAGUCACUAUAUAUAUGCCCCGUAGCUAGCUUUACCGGACCACCGUCUAUUUAUUAUUAAUCUAUUGAGAAUAAAUGUAGAUCAGUAUUAAUACAUCGUAUCCAUGAUGUUUGAAAGGCAUAGCUUAAAAAGUGGAUGGGUAUUCUGCAAUGCCAAUCGCUCCUGUCAGAUGUCAUCAUCACACAAGGUAUGAAGCCACAGAUUUUGACAUCUCAACCAAGCAAUACUGAUUUUGAAAUCACCAAUUGCGUGCGACGAGUAUCCGCUGAAUAUUUUGUUUUAAGGGCGCGGGUCAAUGAUGCGUCCGACUAUCAAUGAGGAGUCCGACUGUCUACGGAAAACAAAUUUGCGUCGUCGACGGGUAGAUUAAAGUGAAUGAUACGAAGACUGAAGCUGGCAGUCGAAAGCUCGUCCAAAUUAAUAAACAUUUUUAGCCAGUGAACGCUUGAAACUCUUAAUAUUAAUCCUGGUUUCGCAUCUAACAUCUUUAAAUCAUCAAUAUCUUUUAUGCAUGUUCUAAAAUCUUAUCUUUUCUUUAUUUAAUUUUUUAGAAAGGAUUAGAUAUCACCCACAAAGCUAUGAAGAAAUCUCUAGCGUUUCUCUGUAUGAGUCAUGAUGAUGCCAGCGGUAAAAUCACCUACCAUACCAAGACAGAUGAUAUCAGUGUGAGUUAUAAAGACGUAGGUUAUGAACCUAACUUCAAGAUCGUCAACGAAGCUACAAGAAAAGUUACAGAAAAACUUGGAGGAACUUUUGUGAACCCGUUAUGGAGCGAACAUCUUGGCAAGAGUGUUAUUACAGUUCAUCCAUUGGGCGGGUGCCCUAUGGCCGAAUCUGGUAAAACUGGUGUGGUCAAUCACGCUGGACAAAUUUUUGAAGGUAAAGAUUGUAGUUGUGACUGGUGUGUUUCCAUUUAGCGA